CCCACCCCCUCCUCCUCCUCCUCCUCUUCCUCCUCCUUGCUCCUUCCUCCCUAUACUGCACCAAAAGAAAACUCCGGGGCUGGCUGCAGCACCAUGUCCUCCGCUCUAAGUGGGGAUAUAUCAGGCUACCAUCUGAGUGUGGUGCGGAACCCACCCGGCUGGGAGUUGGGGAUCUACCUGGUGGGCUUCUUCGUGCUCCUGGCCGUGGCCGGGAUCAACAUCUGGAAGUUGUGGAAAUCUGGAACCUUCCCCGCGCCCUCCCCCUUCCCCAACUUUGACUAUCGAGUUCUGCAAGAAAAAUAUGGAACCUCCUUCUCAGAAGUCAGACAAAAGCGAGUGGCCGCCAACAACCACCGGCGGACCUCCACCACCUCCAGCCGCAAGCCCAGCCUGGCCUUCGGCGACACCCCGGACUGUUUGCGGGAUCUGGGUCACCUGGAGCUGAUCAGCAGGGAGCUGGACCCGAGCGGCCAGGCCCAGCUCAACAGAUCCAUGUCCACCGACUCGCUCAGCUCCAUCUCCUCCAUCGCCAACAACUUCGGCCACGACUUCACCGUCGGCCAGCUGGAGGUGACGCUGGAGUUUGAGCCGUCCAGGCAUCCGGGCCACGGGGCGGGGGUCCUCCACAUCACGCUGCACCAGGGCAAAGACCUGCUGGAGAGGGAGGAGGGGGACUUCCCCGGCUGCUUCAUCAGGGUCUCCCUGGGGCCGGAUGAGAUCAGCGUGGGGGUCACGAGGAUCCAGAGCAACGCCUACACCGUGCUCUUCGACGAGCACUUCUCCGUGCCCAUGGACUCGUCCCUGCUGGAGGAGUACAGCCUGCGUUGUGCGGCUUUCGGUAUCGACGCUGACGAGAGAAACAUCAGCGCCGGGGUCGCCGACCUCAAGCUGUCCGACCUGGACCUGACCAUCCGGCCAUUCAACGCCUGGCUCUACCUUCAGGACGUCAAUAAGGCUGUGGACGUGGUGGGGGAGAUCCUGUUGUCGCUCAGCUAUCUGCCGACAGCGGAGCGCCUCACCGUUGUUGUGGCCAAGUGCAAGAGCCUGGCGUGGACCAACAGCAAGAACACCGCAGAUCCGUUCGUCAAAGUGUAUCUCCUGCAAGACGGACGGAAGAUCAGCAAGAAGAAGACUUCCACCAAACGGGACGACACGAAUCCCAUCUUCAACGAGGCCAUGAUCUUCUCCGUGCCGUCCAUCGUCGUGCAGGAACUCUCCCUGAGGGUGACGGUGGCCGAGGCCACGGACGACGGCCGGGGUGAGAGCCUGGGUCACGUGAUCAUCGGCCCCGAGGCCAGCGGCAUGGGGAUCACCCACUGGAACCAGAUGCUGGCCACUCUGAGGAAACCCGUGUCCAUGUGGCACCCCAUACGCAGGAUCUAGCUCGCCGUCCCUGUCGUACGAACCCGUCUCAAGAUACCUGCAAACUUCUCAUCAACGCUGUUCCUGGUUAAAACACCAUAAGAGACACUUUGCAGCCUGAAUUGUAAUUUUGCUAAAUGUGUUGAUGAUGAAAAUGAAGAUAAUGUGACAUGUGUCUCUCAAAAGUCAGAAAGUCAAGGUGGCUUUUCACCCGUCCGAGAUAUUCUCUACAACAUCGUGCAAUAGUGCUAUUUUGUUGAACUUUGAAUGUGAAUUACCGUGUGAAAUACUGCUAAAUCUAGAAGCAUCAUCCGCUUCGUGUGAUUUACGUUUCAAUCACGCAGAACAUAGAUUAUAUUUCUGGUUGCGUUCCUCACUUCACUUCACUACAAUCCAAAAAAUAACACACCGAGACAAUAUUUCCUUCCGUGCCAAAUAACAAAGCAAUAUUUUCAUUUGCAUUUGAUUCCACAAAAGCUGUAGCCUUCAAUUUGACCACGCAUGAAGUUAUUUAGCACUCGAUGUGAAUGUGCCUCAAGAAUACAGUGUAUUGUGUGAAUGCUGUUUGAAAUAAAAGAAAUUCAACAGUACAA